AGGAGAGAAAGGAUUACUCAAUGUUACUAACUGGAAUAAUUCAAAAUGCCCAUAAGGGCAAUGAAGAUCUUAUUAUUGUUCAUGAUGGUCUUAAGUAUGGGAACUGCCAUCUAUCAUUGGCGAUUCCCAAAUAUGGGAUUUUUGAGAACAUAAAUUCUCUAAAAGAGCUAGCACAAAUGCCUCAAUGGACUGCUGAAAAUCCUCUGCAAGUCGCUACUGGAUUCACCUUCGUCCUAAAUUUAUGAAAGAAAAUUGACUAAAGUAUGUGAGUUUUUCAACUGCUGAUGGAGCACUGGAGGCAACUCUUACGGUUUUCCUGAAGCAUCUUACAACAUAAAUGUUGUCUUUGACUCCAAUUUUGCUGAUGAAGGUUAGUUUUCUGUUUUUGUCUUGUCCGUUAUGAACCAAGCCAAUCGUAUUGUUUCUUGUGCUGUGAUUAUUCUAUUAGUGGCAUGUUGUUACAUUUUGUGAACAAGGAAUGAGUGGGGGGACAGAUACCAGUAAUGUAGUCUAAGUUUGAAGCAAUUUAUUGCUUAUAUGAUAUGAGUGAUAAUUCUCGGCUAUAGGUUGUUCAGAGACUUCGGCUAUAGGGCUAUAGGUUGUUCAACGUCGCGGGGAAAAUAUCUAUAGCUGGGUCUAUAGCCGCGUUUCUAAAAAACGCCGCUAUAGGUUAGGCUUAGCUGCGUUUUGAACGCAGCUAUAGUCUCUUAUUCAGCUACUUCAAACAACCUAUAGCCGCGUUGGUAACCGCAGCUCAAAGCUAUCCUGGAGCCGCGUUUCUAAUAA